CAAACCCAAAGCUUUGCUAUAAAGGCUCCAUUACUAUACUAACGGCAACGGCCACAUUUCAGGUCUAACUUCUAAGCCUUGCUUACCAUUCAAUGCGAACAAAUCUAUAAUAAUAUUCCCUCCAAAAAAAAAAAAAAGAAUCCUAUAAUAAUAUUAAAAAGCCGAAUCAAACUGCAAAAAACUGAAGCAGCCACCCCAUUAGGCGGGCGGUUGUUUGUUCCCAACGGUCGUUUCCCCGCAAAAAACUCAUCAAAUCGAAAAUGGAUGAGUCACCUCCAAACCCCCAAGAACUAAACAUUCCCAACAUCCCAGUCGAGUUCGUGAGUGAAGAAGAGAUGGCUCUGAUCGAAGCAGCUUACGCAGCAACUCGUUCCUCUCUCUCCUCCUCGUCCGUUUCUUCUUCAAUUUGUUCACGGUCUCGCUUGCAAAGCAAGAUGAGGUCGAUCCAGUCGAUUUCCCUCUUGUCUAAACGAGGCUUAAACGGUUCUAGUGAGCCGGAUAUAGAAGAUUCCUGCAAUUUAAGAAGUACCCAGAAGAGGAGCAGAGUGGCUCAACCCUUUUUGCUUCGGUUUAGAAGGGAUUGGGGAUUGUCUGUUACUGAUCUUACCGCCGCCGAAUGGUGUGAAAAGCAAAUGGAAUUUACCCUCCGCUUUGGCAAACCAAAAAUCAAUAAAGCUAUGAAAGCUGGUCAGGCUCGCCAUUUGAAACUUAAAGAAGAGGUUGUUAAGAAAGUAAAAGUUCGUGUUCAAUCAGAUGAAGAUACCUGGGCUAUAAAGUUUAUUGAUUUCGUAACUGGUGCUACCCAAUUAUUGUUUGAUGGACUUACACGAGAGAUACCGCUAAUAGGUUUUGUGGAAGGUGUAUGGUUGGUAGGAGUUGUUGAUGAGAUCAGAAUGUCUGAGAAAGGAAGUGGUAGAAACCCAAUAUUAGUAGACACAAAGACUCGGGUACGGGACUCUCUCCCUAGUGAACCACAAAGGAGAAAUGGAAGGCUUCAAUUAAUGUGCUACAAAUAUUUGUGGGACACCUUGGUUGCUGAUAGCUUCCCUUCCGGACAGUUUUUUAAUUUCUUUUCAUUGAACCCUAACUAUAUAUUAUGUGAAGACAUCAGAGAGAAAACUGCUAAUUCAGGUUUUCCAACUAAGACGCUUGACGACAUAGUGGGAUAUUACAGAAAUACAUGUAGCAUGCUUCCCCCUUCUCAGGACCAUCUACUAUUGAGAUAUGAACUACAAAAAGAUCAAUCGGUGCUUGGUGAAGAUCAAUUUGUAUAUGAUCCUGACUGGCUCAAGAAACAAAUUCAAGGCAGUCUCGAAUUCUUGUUGGGUGAGCGAGAAGCCAGUUACACCCCUGAGGAAGAGCGUUGGAAGUGUCGGUAUUGUCAAUUUGCUUCAGUUUGCCCCGGAAACCCCACUCCCAAUAGUUCUCGUGGCUCCACGAGCUCUGAUACCUCACAGUCCUUUGAGCUAGAGAAGAACAGUGACCUAGCUCCUUGAUAAUCUUUUCACGAGUUGAUUCCUAAGUGAAUGUGAUGGGAUGAUAUUGUCUUGUGCAAAAGAAGCACAGUUUUUAUAGAUGCUUCUUUGUGCUAGCUGCAACAUUCAUUGGAUGUUGUAGCAUAUAUAUCUAUUGGCAAGAAUUGCUGUAAAACUGUAUUAUUUGUUCAAAUGCAUCUGUUGUAGGCCAUGGUGACUAACUGUUGUGAA